AUGAAAUACAAUAAGAGGACCUCCCCCAAACCCCCACUCUGGGCUGAUCAAGGACCAGUGAUCCCGCGGGGGAGGCCCCUGACUAUCUCCUGUCAGGGGAGCCGAGGGGCUGAGGAGUACCGUCUGGAUAAAGAGGGAAGCCCACCACCAUGGAAAAGAGAGAAGCCACUGAAGCCUGGGGACAAGGUGAUGUUCUCCAUCCCACACAUGACAGAGCAUGAGGCUGGGAGAUAUCGCUGUUACUAUCUCAGCCGUGAUGGCUGGUCAGAACCCAGUGACCCGCUCGAGCUGGUGAUGACAGGAGCCUACAAUAAACCCAGCCUCUCAGCCCUGACCAGCCCUGUGGUGACCUCAGGAGGGAACGUGACCCUCCAGUGUGGCUCAGGGCUGGGAUUUGGCAGGUUCAUUCUGACUAAGGAAGGUGAUCACAGGCUCUCCUGGACCCUGGAAUCACAGCGACAUACCAGUGGGUGGUCCCAGGCCCUGUUCUUUGUGGGCCCUGUGACACCCAGCAACACGGGGACAUUCAGAUGCUAUGGAUGCUACAGGAGUAGCCCUCAGGUGUGGUCACCAGCCAGUGACCCCCUGGAGCUCCUGGUGUCAGGUGAGUCUGGGAAGCCCUCUCUCCUGAGCCAGCAGGGCCCCAUCGUGGCCUCUGGACAGAGUCUGACCCUGCAGUGUCGCUCUGAUGUCGGCUAUGACAGAUUCGCUCUGCACAAGGAGGGGGGACAGGACCUCCCCCAGAGCCUUGUCCUGCAGCCCCAGACUGGGCUUGCUCAGGCCAACUUCUCCCUGGACACUGUGAGCAGCUCCCACGGGGGCCGGUACAGAUGCUACGGUGGAUACAACCUCUCCUCUGAGUGGUCGGCCCCCAGUGACCCCCUGGACAUCCUGGUGGCAGGACACCUGCCUGACAGACCCUCCCUCUCGGUACAGCCAGGCCCCACGGUGGCCUCAGGAGAGAACGUGACCCUGCUGUGUCAGUCACAGAGCCCGAGGAACACUUUCCUUCUGUCCAAGGAGGGAGCAGCCGAUCCCCCCCUGCGUCUGAGAUCAGAGCACCGAGCUGGGAAGUACCAGGCAGAGUUCUCUAUAUGUCCUGUGACCUCAGCCCACAGAGGCACCUACAGGUGCUACAGCUCACACAGUUCCUCCCCCUUCCUGCUGUCACACCCCAGUGAGCCCCUGGAGCUCCUGGUCUCAGGACCCUCUGGAGGCCCCAGGACCUCACCCCCAGGGCCCACAUCCACAGCAUCAAAGCACCGAGCUCAGCAGUUCCAGGCCGAGUUCUCCAUGAGCCCUGUGAUCUCAGCCCACGGGGGCACCUACAGGUGCUACAGCUCACACAGUUCCUCCAUCUACCUGCUGUCACUCCCCAGAGAGCCCCUGGAGCUCCUGGUCUCAGUGAGCCCCUGGAGCUCCUGGUCUCAGCCCAAGCCUCUCACCCUCUUCCUGUCCUCAUUUCCAGGACCCUCUGGAGGCCCCAGGACCUCACCCCCAGGGCCCACAUCCACAGCUGGUCUCAAAUGGUACUGGAUAGCUGUCUUAGUGGCCUUGGUCCUGCUGCUCUCUCUUCUUCUCUUCCUCCUCCUCCAACAUCAGCGUCAGAGCAAAGGCAGGACCUCAGGGGAAUGUUUGGACAUGAAGGACAGACAAGCAGAAGAGAACAGACAGAUGGACAAUCAGGCUGCUGCAUCUGAUGCCCCCCAGGAUGUGACCUAUGCACAGCUGAACCUCUUGGCCCAUAGACAACAAAAAAGUGCAUCCUCAUCCUCCCCAUCAAAGGAGCCCCCAGAAGAGCCCAGUGUGUACGCUGCUCUAGCCAUCCACUAGCUCAAGAGGGACCCAGACCCCACACUCCAGGAAAGGGGCCUGCAGGGACCCCAGUAGGCAGGGAAGCUGCCCCCAGUGAUACUUGACUAGUGCCUCACCCACUGUGGAGACCUGAGGUGCCCCUGGGACUCUUGAGGAUUCACCUUAUUCUAAAGUCAAAGAUAAGCCAAUGUCUCUACAUUUGGAAAUCAAGGCAACAGACUUCCCAAGAAUCAAUGUGUGAACAAAAGCAAGUGAAUGUUUUAACUGGAAUUGUAAUGUAAA